UUUAUAACGCUCUUCCCAUUUCUUGUUUGAAAUGAAGCCCACAUGGAAGACCAAAAAAAGUAGAUUGGUAAAAAGCAAGGCAAAACAAAAUGCAGCAGCUGUGAAAAAGAAACAAGAGAGGCGAGCUGUGAAGAACAUCCCUGAUACAGAGUUCUUAAGUGAGAAACAGAAAAAGCAUGUCAAAGUCCAUACAAAGAGUGCCAGAAUCAAAGUUAGUGGAAAAAGGAAGAGGAAAGUCUUAAAAAGGCUAAAACAUCAACAGAAAGGGGAAGCAGGGGAGGCAAAUGAUGUUGACAUGGGGAAUGAAGAGUCGAGCGUGAAACAGAGAAGAAAAAACAAAUCUAAGAUGGAGGGUAUGGAUGUCGAUGAGGAAGAGGAUUAGAAGUAGACGACUAAAACAUCUGAUAUUCAAUGAAUAUGUCUGACUGCUCUCCAGUUUCAUCUAACGUCAGAAUCCGGAGAGACAUGUUGUUUGACAUUUUGUUUUAUGAGACUGACAACUCAAAAGAAACAUUCUCACACAUUAUAACACUUCAACAUUUGUAGAUAGGCCUAUUUGACUUAUUUUUUUUUUUAAUAAAGUGAUGCAUACUGUC